UUGUUAUCAUUUUAAAUAUUGUGGAUAACAAAGUUGAUUUAAAAUUUAUUCAAGAGAAAAAAAAAAAAAAGCCAAAGUGAAAACAGAACAAAAGAGACGGGUGACGAAGAGGAGAAGUAAUCACCUCGCCGGCGGUUCUCCAACUCCUAUAAACAAGAUGACGCCAUUGCCACCUCUCCUUUCAAGCAAUAAGCUUCUUCCUCAUUCUUCUCCAACCUCUCUUCUCUCUAAAUCAAUCAGGCCGACAAUGUCAUCGUCUACCACCUCCUCGUUUUCCAUUUCAUUUCCUGAAAAUCGUGUGGUUCUUGGUGUUGGUACUGUUUCUGUAGAUUUUUUGGCGGCAGUGGCUUCUUAUCCAAAUCCUGACGACAAAAUUAGAACCACGAGCUUAAAGGUACAAGGUGGAGGAAAUGUAGGAAAUGCUUUAACUUCUGCAGCUCGGUUGGGUUUAACACCAAGAAUAAUUUCCAAGGUUGCAGAUGAUAGUCAAGGAAGGAGCAUAAUCGAGGAGCUAGAAGCUGAUGGCGUAGAUACAUCUUUUCUUGUGGUUGCUGAAGGGGGCAUUUCACCAUUUACCUAUAUUAUUGUGGAUAAUAAAACGCACACUCGUACAUGCAUCCACACCCCAGGAUCUCCUCCCAUGGUGCCAGAUGACCUUUCACGAUCAAGCUUGUUGUCUGCUUUAGAUGGGGCUAGAAUUGUAUAUUCUGACGUAAGAUUGCAUGAAACUGCUUUGCUUGUUGCACAAGAGGCAGCUCGGCAGAAUAUACCUAUGUUGAUUGAUGCAGAAAGGAAAAGGGAAGGUCUGGAUGAUCUCCUGACAUUUGCCAGUUAUGUUGUCUGCUCAACAAGAUUUCCACAGGAAUGGACUGACACACCAACGAUUCCAUCUGCACUUGUUUCCAUGCUUCUGCGACUUCCAAAACUCAGAUUUGUGAUUGUCACAUUGGGUGAAAAUGGAUGCAUAAUGCUCGAAAGAAGUACUGAUGAAACAUAUGAUCAGAUGGAAGAGUUUGAAGUAAACAACUUACUUGAAGUGGUCAAGAGCAGAAGGAAUGAGAAUAUAAAUGUUCCAACUUCUGUUUCAUCGCCAGUGGCCAAGUUGAGAGCUGAGGGGAUAGGGACAGUUUGUGGCAGGCUGUUGCUCGGGACGGCUGAAAAAAUACCAGAGUCCGAGAUUGUUGAUACAACUGGUGCUGGAGAUGCAUUCAUUGGAGCAGUUCUUUAUGCCUUAUGUGCCAACAUGCCACCGGAGAAGUUAUUGCCAUUUUCUGCCCAAGUGGCUGCUGGAUGUUGUCGUGCUUUGGGUGCUCGAAGCGGUCUUCCAUAUCAUACGGAUCCACGGCUGGCAUCUUUUUUACACUGAUGAUCAUCAACUCAAAUGAGAAUCUAUAUUCUCAGCCCACCCUAUUAUCUCAUGAAUUUUUGUGAAAAUGUAAUCCAGCCCAAAGCAUGAAUAUUGAUUUAAUAGGAGCGUCAUUGAGUUCGAUUCCAUGCCUUCUCUUCUUUUGAAUUUCUUUCAACAGGUUUUACGGCCAAAAAAUUCGGGGAAAACAAGCUCCAAUGUUAGACACUUGAUGCUUUCUUCUAGUGAAACAGUUAUUAUGGGUACGCAAAUUGUCUAUUCUUGGUAA